AAUAAAAAAAAAGCACUGUUUUUAUUGUUUGAAUUUAACAAAACGAUAAUUUUAUUUUAUUAAUAAAAGAAAAAAAGGCCCGCAAAAGGGCAUUUAUUAUAAAACUCAUUUUACAAAAACAACAUAACUUUAUACAGAAACUAUAGAGUGUAUAAAUACCUUACCAACCUUAACUAUGUACCACCUAAUAAAUUAAGUAUCAUUUUCUAUUUGAACUUGUAUCUAUACGGGAGUUAGUUUGAAAUCGGAUGUGAAAUAUUAAGUGAAGUGAAGUGUCGUGUUUCAAACUUCUAUCCAAUUAUAAAAUGGAAUGAAAGGGGAAAGGAGAAGAGUUGAAUUAUUGUCAACCAGAAAAUUGGCGGUAAAACGACCUACCUACGUCGAACAACAUAACGUCCGGGAUUUGAUAUACCUACCUACCUACAUACCUAAUUAUAUACAAAGUGCGUCUAUUUAACCGUGACUUUAUUAAAUUGAGAAUUUAUUAUAUUGACACUGAUUUAAAUUAAUGUUGUACAAAUCAGAUACUUUUUAAUUCACCAAACAAAAAAAAAAGAUUACCAAUCUUGCCAUUAUACUUUAGUUCCUAUACUCGUACACACAACUUUGCUAUGAUCCUAUAGAUUUAUUAAUUAAUUACUAAUUUAUUGUAUUCUAAUUCCUACCUACAAACAUAUUAAAUAAAUAAAUCACCUGAAUAUACUUAAGAACAUUUUAAAGAUGCUGCAUAAGAUAUUCAUUUUUAUCUUGUCUACUGCCGGAUUUAUGCCAAGAAUGUCAGCCAUCACUCACAUAGUUAGCCGAGAUGAGUGGGGGGCCAGACCGCCAAAAUUGGUUGAGAAAUUUAAUGGCCCUGCACCGUUUGUCAUCAUCCAUCACUCGUAUCUGCCGCCUGCAUGCUUUACGACGCCGGAAUGCAUACUCGCCAUGAGAACCAUGCAGGAGUUCCAUCAAAUCGAACGUGGAUGGAAUGAUAUUGGUUAUAGUUUUGCAAUUGGUGGCGAUGGACAGAUUUAUGUUGGCCGAGGAUUUAACGUUAUCGGAGCACAUGCACCAAGAUACAAUGACAAAAGUGUUGGUAUCUGUUUGAUUGGCGACUGGAGGACAAAACUUCCACCAACAAAUAUGCUGCAAGCUGCAAGAGACUUAAUUGGAUUUGGAAUAGAGAAAGGAUACAUCGAUAAAAGUUUUAAAUUGCUUGGUCAUCGGCAAGUUCGUGACACCGAAUGUCCUGGUGAUAGACUUUUUGCGGAGAUAUCUUCUUGGCCAAACUUUACUCCUAAUAUAAAUGCAACAGAAAAUGAAAUUCCUGUUUGAGAUUUUCAAAAUCGUAAUUAAAACUAUAUUUUUAAUAA